AUGUGGGCCACUAAUGAAGAGAAAAGUGUUAGUGAAAGAGCUUUGAUGGAGAAGAAGGGCAGCAGAGACAGAGAAGGCGACAUGGGUGGUGGCGCAGCCCAUAAUAGACCUCUUCAUCCUCCAAGUCGGGCCUACCCUACGCCGCCUCCUCCUCGUCUCCACCUCGAACCCAUUGAUCGUGAAAAGACUUGCCCUUUAUUGCUUCGAGUUUUCACUAAGAUUGGAAGUCAUCAUAAGCUAGAAGAUUUUGUCGUGAGAGGCAAGGAGCCGAAAGAUGAGGUUCAAAUUUAUACGUGGAAAGAUGCAACACUUCGCGAGUUAACUGAUCUUGUCAAAGAGGUUGCUCCAGAGGCAAGGAGAAGAAAUGCAAAACUAUCAUUUGCUUUUGUCUAUCCUGAUAAACAUGGUCGUUUUGUGUUGAGAGUGGUGGGGAUGACACAUUCAAGUGGGAGAAGACCAGAUGAUCUCAAAGCAUUGGCUGAACUCAACUUCCAGAUUGGAGAUUACUUGGAUGUAGCAAUCAUCACACAAACUGUUGGCAGUUGGCGCCAAGAAAAUGGAUUAACUAAUGAAAACAUGAGAUACUUGUUGGAUUUUGGUAUGGAUAACUGGAACCAGCUUCUUGUAGUAGUUAUCCCUCCAAAGGUUGUUCAAUUAUACUUUUGGUUAGAGUGUUCAGGUUACAGUUUAGGAGAUUGA